CUCCUCAAUAACUUAAUUUCACACAAGCAAGGUUUGAAGUAAAGAGCAAAUGGCAGCUAAUGUAUUCUCAGUGAGAGGUUCAAAGCUUCGAUCAUGGGAGCGGUGUUCCAAACAAGUUCGACAGCAAAGGACACGGCUUUACAUAAUCUGGAGAUGCACUGUAUUACUCUUGUGUUGGCAUGAGUAAAAUAUCACAGUUUGGUGCCACCCCAAGUGGAAGAAAUGGUUGGUCAAGCAGAA